UUAGGAGUGUCACUGGGGGCAAGAGCUGCCAGUCAUCUGGAAGAAAUCAGUGAUAAAGGAAUUGAAAUGAUGGGCACCAGUUCAACUGUGGGAGUUGUGUUACCAACUACUGCAUACAUCUUGAAACUUAAACCACCCCCUGUGAGAAAGAUGAUAGAGCAUGGUAAGUGUUGAUAAUGGUCACCUUUAUCACCACCAUCACCAUGUUCACCAACUAUCACUGUCCACCAUCAGUAGUUAUGAUGGCACUGGAUAUUGUGAUGCCAUCAUCACCACCACCACCAAUGUCAUCACCAUCACUGCCACCAUUAUCACCAUAAGCACCAUUCUCACCAUAACCACCAUUCUCACCAUAACCAACAUCACUACCACCACCACCAAUGUCAUCACCAUCACUACCACCAUUCUCACCAUAACCAACAUCACUACCAUCAUCAUCAUUGUAAUCACCACCACUGCCACCAUCAUCACCAUCACUACCAUCACCACCAUCACUUAUAUAUUUUCCCAGUGUAAAAUGAUAAAUUAUUACCAUUUCCUGAUUCCAGGAUGUGCAGUAGCACUUGGCUCAGACUUCAAUCCAAAUGCCUUCUGUCUUUCCAUGGUAUGUAUGCAUGAACUUCCAAAUUUCAAGUGUUUUGUUUCAUAAACUGGAAAUUUACCCUGGCGGAUGAAAAAACUCUUCAUCAAAAACUAUUUAAGACUUUAUAAUUCAUUUACGGUCUCCACAUUUUCUUUGAAGCCCCUAGUGAUGCAUCUGGCAUGUGUGACAUUUGGUAUGACAAUGAACGAGGCACUUGUAGCCAGCACAAUCAAUGCUGCAGCGUCAAUAGGACGAUCUCAUUCUCAUGGUUCUCUGGAGGUCGGAAAAGUUGCUGAUAUGUUAAUCCUGGAUUGUCCAAGGUAGUAAUAAGAUACAUUGUUCAUAAGAUACAGUUUGUAGAUACAAUUAAGUGGGGGUGUAGUGGAGAUAAUAUUCUGUACAAUAAGCGAUGUGGUUUAUGUCUGAACUACCUGAGAAAGAUAUGUCAAACGUGGUGGUCCAGUGUAGGUAGUAUUUGUAGAUACAAUUAAGUGGGGGUGUAGUGGAGAUAAUAUUCUGUACAAUAAGCGAUGUGGUUUAUGUCUGAACUACCUGAGAAAGAUAUGUCAAACGUGGUGGUCCAGUGUAGGUAGUAUUCUACAAUAAGCUGUUGUGAUUUGUGUCUGAACUACCUGAAAAAGAUAUCUCAAACGUGGUGGUCCAGUGUAGGUAGUAUUCUACAAUAAGCUGUUGUGAUUUGUGUCUGAACUACCUGAAAAAGAUAUCUCAAACGUAGUGGUCCAGUGUAGGCAGUAUUCUACAAUAAGCUGUUGUGAUUUGUGUCUGAACUACCUGAAAAAGAUAUCUCAAACGUGGUGGUCCAGUGUAGGUAGUAUUCUACAAUAAGCUGUUGUGAUUUGUGUCUGAACUACCUGAAAAAGAUAUCUCAAACGUAGUGGUCCAGUGUAGGCAGUAUUCUACAAUAAGCUGUUGUGAUUUGUGUCUGAACUACCUGAAAAAGAUAUCUCAAACGUGGUGGUCCAGUGUAGGUAGUAUUCUACAAUAAGCUGUUGUGAUUUGUGUCUGAACUACCUGAAAAAGAUAUCUCAAACGUAGUGGUCCAGUGUAGGCAGUAUUCUACAAUAAGCUGUUGUGAUUUGUGUCUGAACUACCUGAAAAAGAUAUCUCAAACGUGGUGGUCCAGUGUAGGUAGUAUUCUACAAUAAGCUGUUGUGAUUUGUGUCUGAACUACCUGAAAAAGAUAUCUCAAACGUAGUGGUCCAGUGUAGGCAGUAUUCUACAAUAAGCUGUUGUGAUUUGUGUCUGAACUACCUGAAAAAGAUAUCUCAAACGUGGUGGUCCAGUGUAGGUAGUAUUCUACAAUAAGCUGUUGUGAUUUGUGUCUGAACUACCUGAAAAAGAUAUCUCAAACGUAGUGGUCCAGUGUAGGCAGUAUUCUACAAUAAGCUGUUGUGAUUUGUGUCUGAACUACCUGAAAAAGAUAUCUCAAACGUGGUGGUCCAGUGUAGGUAGUAUUCUACAAUAAGCUAUGUGGUAGGUAGUAUUCUACAAUGAGCUGUUUAUGUUUAAUGCUAUGUCGGGCUGAAAGAUAAUGUUCGUGUUUUCCAGAUGGGAACAUUUAAUAUAUCAGUUUGGUGGGCAUGAUCACGUGAUAAAACACGUCAUAAAGAAGGGACGAGUGGUGCAUUCUCGCAUGAGCACGUGA